CGCCGCCUUUAUGGUACGUUUACACGCUUGCCAAGCCUUGGCAAGCCCCGACAAUCACAAGCGUGUAAAGAAGGCGUUUGGCUUGGCUUGCGUGAGCUUGUGGGCGCUUGCUUCCGAUCCAGUCGAGUGUCGGUUUUUUGACGCAGAUCAAAGGGCGUUUGCGGCAAGCGCUUGGGACGCAUUUACACGUUGGUCCACGUUCAGUGGGCAUUGUGAUCUCGCGGCGAGUACACGCUUGUACGGACAAAAUAAAAAAUGAGUAGCUGGUCAAAUGACGAGUGUCUUUCCUUCCUCGAGCAUUACCAGAUGGAAUCCUGCAUCUGGAAUCCGAAAGAUGCAAAUCACAAAGAUAAGAAGAAACAAGCAGAUGCAUGGAUUCGUCUCGCUCAACUUACCGGAAGGCCAGUGAAGGAAGUAAAAAAUAAAAAAGAGAUAUUGAUGACUACUUUUCGCAAGCACUUAAAAAAGAAACAGGAAUCUAUGCGUUCUGGCGCAGGUGCCGAUGAAAUAUACAAUCCCACUUGGUAUGCCUACGAAAUCAUGGAGUCAUUCUUACUGCAAGUAUAUACUUGUAAUGAAGGGUUAAACACCGAAACUCAAUCACAACAAAUAGAAGAAAUUACAGAUCAGACAGAGGAUGAUCCUCUGAUAAGAGACCGCACCAGUAGGUACGGCUACCACACCAUCCAGACCACCAUCUAGAUCACCAUCCAUACAGGCAGUUAAUAAACGUCGCCGCCUUGCUUCUGAUUCUGAAACGGCUGAAAAGCAAAUGGCCGUGGCUUUUGGUCAAUUAACGAAUGUUUUAAGUCAAAAACAGAAUGAAAAUAGACCUCCUUACAAAGAAGAUGAUUGCGAUCUAUAUGCUAAAUUAUUGGCUAUAAAGCUACGUGAACUGCCAAAUGAUGAACGAAAAAUUAUGAUGUACCAAAUAGAUGGGUUGUUUAUAAACAGAAUCAGUCAAAAAUCAAAUGAGCGUCAUACACCAUACCCUCAAUAUUAUUCUCGACCUUCCUCAAUUGCUGGUUCAUAUUCACGCCAUACACCAUCUCCUCAAGUCAUUCAGAGUCGGCCAACAUCAGUUAAUAGCGUUUAUUCUGAACCUAUACAUAACACUCAAAGUUUUUUUCCCUCUCCAUACACAGAAACCUCUCAUUCAGUGCCAAACACAACAGAACAUAUACCAACUCCAAUACCUCCAGCUCCAUCUACAUAUUCUACAUCAACAGCACCCCUGUCAUCUAUUCGUAUAAUAUCGGACCAAAUCCUCAACCCACCCCCGCGAGACACCAACAUUAUAAACUUAGCUUUAUUGAAUGCUUUCGAAGAUUUUGAGUCGUCAAAAUAAUUCUUAUUUAAGGUUAAAUAUAAAGUUAAAUAAUUAAGCUGUAAAAAAGUUUCCUAUGAAUCAAUUAAAACCUAAACAAAUGUAUAACAA